UGUCAAGUUGAGUCGACCAAUUGGUGAUCGAAUAAUUCCGACGGUUCCGAUUAAAACGCGACUUUGCACCUUACGGCCUCGGAUUUUACAGCUAAAUUCCGCAUUUUCUGCUACGAACGAUGGCUGCCGCAAGUGCAAGGCUUUUCUCGCGGGUAAAAGAUGGCUUCACCACCAGCGUCCGUUUCGCGAGCUACGAAGCUACCCGAAAGAACCUGAAGCUCAACUCAAACUCGAAAGUGAUCUGUCAGGGUUUCACCGGCAAGCAGGGUACCUUCCACUCGCAGCAAGCCAUCGAGUAUGGCACGAAACUGGUCGGCGGAGUGUCCCCCGGCAAGGGAGGUCGCACGCAUCUGGACCGGCCAGUGUUUAACACAGUGGCUGAAGCCAAGAAAGCCACGGGAGCGGAAGCUACCGUGAUCUACGUGCCACCGCCCGGUGCCGCAAAGGCCAUCAUGGAGGCAAUCGAAGCGGAAAUGCCAUUGAUUGUCUGCAUUACUGAGGGUGUGCCGCAGCACGACAUGGUGAAGGUGAAGCACGCCCUGCUGGCACAGGAUAAGUCGCGCCUUGUCGGCCCCAACUGCCCCGGAAUUAUUGCCCCCGAGCAAUGCAAAAUCGGUAUUAUGCCGGGACAUAUUCACAAACGCGGCAAGAUCGGUGUCGUGUCCCGUUCUGGUACCCUGACCUACGAAGCCGUUCAUCAGACAACCGAGGUCGGCCUUGGUCAGACGCUAUGCGUCGGUAUCGGCGGUGAUCCGUUCAACGGAACCGAUUUCAUUGACUGCCUGGAGGUCUUCCUGAAGGAUCCCGACACCAAGGGUAUCAUCUUGAUCGGUGAAAUCGGUGGUGUAGCCGAAGAAAAGGCUGCCGAUUACCUUAUGCAGUUCAACCAGGGCAUCAAAGCGAAACCUGUAGUAUCGUUCAUUGCUGGUCUUUCGGCUCCACCAGGCCGUCGUAUGGGCCACGCUGGUGCCAUUAUCUCCGGAGGAAAGGGAGGUGCUCAGGAUAAGAUCAACGCUCUGGAGAAAGCUGGUGUGAUCGUUACGAGAAGCCCGGCGCAGAUGGGCAAGGAAUUAAUCAAAGAGAUGAAGAGAUUGGAGCUGGUUUAGACACACAAAACCCACGCAUAUGUCACCAGCUCCCGGCACGGUUAAUCAUAAUCACUAAAGUACUGCGCGAGAAGGAUACCACAAGCGCAAAGUAUGAAUAGAUAGUAAUUUAACGAAGCCAAUCCUUUCGAUAAUACAGUUAUUUUCCAUCUCAGAACCACCGCCCGUUCCAAUGAUGUUCCGUUAUAGUGGUGUCGUUCACGGUACUCAAAAGUUACCACCAUCAGAGAAAAGUGCUGCUAAUAGCGAAAAUACGAGACACAUUAAUUUAUUUAAAUCCAAAUUAAAUGAAUGCGUAAUGGCACGUUUGGUUCGAUA